AGGCCGCCGCAGCGGCGAGGGAGAUGCUGAGCAGCACGACGGCCGUGCGGUUGCAGGACGGAGCGGCGGCGCCUUGGGUGGCGGUGCGGCUGCAGCAGCGCGUGUGCCACCUCGCCGUUGUGAGCAACGCGCGCGUUGUUGAGGUGCACGUCGGUGACGCCCCCAUUCAAACACACGAGGCGGCCGUUGCGGUGGGGGAUUGGUUCCUUCACGACGGCGAGUGCGAUGCAGCCGCUGGACAGACGCUGAAGUUGAAGUUCUUCGCUCGCCGGCCCAAGGCGGCCGUCGACGUGGCCGCUGUCCUACUGGCCUGUGUCGCCCCAGACCCCGCUGGUCUCAGCGAAGGCAACAGCAACGAUCACAGCGGCAGC